AGUCUUGUGCGCAUGCGCAAUUGGCUAAUAGACUGUAAUCGAAGAUAGACGUUUUAUCUUCCUAUUUAUUUCCUCUGAUUUUAAUACUUUUAAAAAGAGGUGUUUAGUGAAAUUUCAAACUGGAGCGCCUACCAGAAUACUUUCGGGACACGAUGGAUUGGUUUAUGGGGUGAGUAGGGUGUUUAGUUGAUAUCGCCAAAUUAUACAAGUCUCUUGUUUACAUUUCAACGCUCAUGUAACAGAUGAAAUUCAGGGCAGAAUGAGAGCAUGAAAUGAUAAUAUACAGUAAAUAGUAUAGUUUGUUAUCAUUUUCGUAUUUGCUUUUCGAGCUGUUAUCAAGUCCUUAAACAAUAAUCUAUUUUGGAAUGGCAUCUGAUAUAAAAAGGGCCGAACUAGCUUCCAGUCAGUUAGAAAGCCUGUUUGUCACAUGUGCACAUCUAGGCCAAUCGACAAAGCAGCGUUGCUCUUACAUAUACGCACAAGUGGUGCGCAAGUGCAUCGUAGUAGAAAUAACAAAGGAAAACUUUCUUCUUUUUGUUUUAUUCAAAUGUUCUCUUGGUAUAAUCGAUUACGGUCGAGGAUAUCUUCGUCGUUUGAGUUAGAAAGGUUAGUAAGUUAAGAACUUUUAGAGAAGCACGUGUUAGAGUUGAAACUUUUGUAUAAGAAUAUUUUUUUUACCGAGACUUCUAAAAUAUUAUUAAAAACACCUAAAAGUUGUUCGGCUAAGGGUAAUGAUUACGUACCGGAGUAAUCAUAAUGAAAUCCUAUAAUUAUCGAUUUAACGAGGCCUCGAUCGUCGCCUUGAGCACCGACGCGUUAUACGUCAGCCACCAAUCAGUCAGAUUAGAAAUUAGAUUGAACAUGGCAGAUUUGCGAGAGGCUUUACUAUUCACAGCGAAAAUAGCUGAAGGAGCUGAGCGGUUUGAUGAUAUGUUGACUUUUAUGGAGUCAAUUGUAGACUUGGGUAAUGAUUUAACAGAUGAAGAGCGAGGUUUACUUUCCUUGGCCUGUAGUGAGAAAACAAUGUCUCCUAUACGUUCGUGGAGAAUUAUUAAAGCUAUACUUUCAUUUGAAUCUGAAGAGUCGCAUGCUACUCUUGCUAACAACUAUCUCAAUGAACUGGCGGACGAGAUUCGCAAUUUAACAUCACAGACUAUUUCAAUGAUCUGUAAUAAGUUAUUACCCAAUGCCACGACAGCUGAGAAUAAGGCUUUCUACUAUAAGAUGGCGGCAGAUUAUAACCGCUAUAGGGCGGAGAUAGAGAAACCUAAUAGCCAAGAGAGAAAGGAAGUGGGGGAAAAAUGCUUAGCAGGUUAUGCAAUGGCUUCGGAAGCCGCUAAGAACCUACCGGCAUACGAUCCGGUGCGAUUGGGAAUAAAUUUAAAUUUAUCGGUUUUGUAUUCUGAUAUUCUUGACGAUGAAAAAAGAGCGUGUGAAAUAGGCAGAGAAGCGCUUCGGAGCUCUUCAGCCGAAUUAGAAAACGCCAAUGAGGUCCAUUACUCUUUGGCUUUACCAAUAAUGAGUAUACUCCGGGAAAAUCUUGUGAAAUGGGAAUAG